GGCAAAUCAAGAGAAACAAACAAAUUCCUUAAAGUGUGAAGUAAACAUGGUGAUCUUGUGCAUUUUAAGUGUCUUCUUCCUUUGUACGACUGAUGCACUUCCCAGCAAAAGAGGUUUAUGGAGACAUGUAGAACCUUCUCAGUCGGGAUACAUGAUAGGAGGAUACUACAAGAAUCCAUCUCCGAAUCAGGAUUAUUAUCCCUCAAUGACUGCUUUUGUUACUAAAGAUGUUGUCGCUACCAAUACUUUUGCGGGACUCCCUCAAGAACAGGGAUGGAACUCUGAUUCUAAAGAAGAAUUUACUGAAAGGGUACCAGUAGCCCAAGAUAUUCCAAAUAGAACUCCGGAAAUUGCGAUAGAAAACAGUGAUUCUGCUGAAGGUUCAACUGCAAACAACAAUAAUAUUAACAAAACUAAUAGAAAAGGAAGGAAACCAUCCAGACCUCAACAAGAAGACGAAGACGAAACUCCGUGGUGGGCAUCUAAGAGUGGGGGUCCAUCAUUUACGUCAUUUUUCCCGAUCAACAUCAGCGGCGGAGGAGGAGGUAGCUGGAAACGUCGUUCGGCAGGUUCUGGUGCCCAAGAUGAAAACGAUAUACCGUAUUCUUCAUCAGGGUCUGCUACAGCUAUUGCCAAUUCGUUUUCGACUGGUAGAGGUGGUGUGGCAACGUCACAUGCGACUUCAUUUGGAGACCCAUAUUUAGCAGCGAUGUUUUUGAGAAACGGUUAUAAUCUCAAAGGACAUGGUCAACAAAGAGCUGGAGCUACGAAUUAUUAAUAUGUGUCCGGAAGUCCAGUUUAAUGCAGACUUAUUUGCCAAAUAUAUAUUU